AUUUAAGUAUUUAUUAUAAAAUAUAGUAUUGUUGAGUUAGUAUCUCGAAACAAGUCUCAAACUUACUUAAUAGCUAACUUAAUCUGUGUAAUUUAAUAAUAUUGCUUGCUAAGUAACAUUGCAAGUAAAGGCACUGGAGAUAAAACUGUUAGGUCUGUUUCACCUUUAAAAACAGUUUAGAAUUUUCUUCAAACCUACAUAGCAAUGAAGAAAUUCGGCUCCAUCAAUGCAUUUAUUGAGCAUUACAGAUACAUUGGGUAUUUGUGUCUCAGUGGCCACGGUAUCUGCCUAUGAUUGCACUGGCCUCCGACCUCUGGCGAUGUUUAUUAUCUAUAAGGUAUAUAGGAGUCAAAAUGAUGUAUUUAUGAUCGGUCCUGCAACCGCUCGCACGGCACCAGAUUACAAAACCCUGACAAGUGCAUUUUUAAGUGAAGUUCCAUCUUCAAAGUGAAAGGGAGUGUCUCCCUCGAGUGGAUUCUAACUAACGGAUAUAUUUCAGGUAUGGAGCUGGUGCAAUUCGCCAAAGAGUUGUUCCAGAAUGCGGCUGAGCAGGUGGCCAGCUACAGGAUAGGGCAGACGAUCCUGAGGCAGCUAGACCGCGCUCUUUGGGUCGUGGAGAAGUGUGCGAGAUGGGCUGUCCCACCUCCAUUGGAUCAAGACGAGCACCCCCAACCGGAGCUGAUCCGGCCCCUGCCCUGGGUCUUCUUCCUGACACUGCUGGUAGUACUCCGCGUCACCAGGGAGUCCAUAUCGCUCAUCAACCUCGUGAGGGGCAAACCUCCACUGAGAUCUGCAGACGUGGUGAUGUACAUCCAAGGCAAGCGCCGCUACCUGCGCACGCUCAAGUACCAGGGGAACCGCAUCAUGCGCGCGCGCACGUCGAGCGCGCAACCGCCGCAGGGCUGGAUGUCCCGGAUUCAGUCCCUGUUCGAGGUCACCAUGUGCUUUAGGGGACGCCAAUCGCAGUACGGCAAUAAUAAUACGAGCACCAACAAUGAAGAGUUGCUCGUUGUAAAAAGAAGCAAGCGAACCCGCGAGCCUUCCACUUCUGGCACCGGCGAGACCAGCAUGGAGCGGGUCAUAGAGAAGAUGAUGGUGGACCUCGGCGCUGACUCCGACGAGGACUCCAGUUACACUCUCACAAACGCGAACACCGUACGAAGCGACCGUUCAGAAUCGCCUGACUCGUACCGAGACGCUGCCUUUCUCAACGAUACGGGCGACACGCAAGACGAGGCCUCCCCCAUCAAAACCGACCCGUCCCCGGUCAAAUCCGAUAACGGAACACCGAUAAACAACUCGCCGCAAAAAGAAAGCCCCAAAGGUAUUGCUACUACAGAAAAACCAUGCGACGCCGACGAUAUAACAUUAGAAAAACAAUCGCACCAAGAUGCGAAAGGACACGAAUUCGGCUCGCCCAAAAUUGAGUCUCAAAUGCUGCUCGAGAGUGAGAAACGGUCGCCGAACAAAACGCGAGCGUCUCCGAAGAGCGAGCAGAAAAUCGCCAACGGCAGAGCGGUGAGUGCCCACAACAAAAAAAGAGGGAGUCACGUUGAGAGGCGAGAUGCCAACGCGCCCGUAACGACGAAAGCGGACAUGUCCUAAAAAGGAAAGAAAUCAAGUGCAGUCGUACCAACGAUAGAAAUAAUAAGAAAGUGCCUAUGGAUUCUAUUUUUUAUCAAAUAAUAAAAUAAAUCAGAACUUGUGAAUAGGUAGUAUUUUCAGAAUUUGGUAUGCCGCCCUAAAGCCGCUUUCUAUACUAUGUAUUCUGUAAUAAAAGUAGGUACAGAUAAUUAAUUUGUAUUGUAGAUCAUGCAAAGAUGACAAAGACUACAGAGCCUUUUGCAUAAGGGUUAAUUUUUCUAAUUAAACACUAACUAUGCUUUAGUAAUAUCCUAAAUACGGCUCUGUAGUCUUUGUCAUCUUUGCAUGAUCUACAAUACAAAUUAAUUAUCUGUACCUACUUAUAACAUGGCGCCGGUCUAAACAUUUGUUUGCUGAUUGAGCAGUUUUUUUUAUCGUUAAAGUAGCCGAACGAAAUGGUGUCAUAUGAAUCAAAUAAUUUUGAUAAGGACUGCGUACACGGUCUGUAUGGGUUAAACCCAUAAUCUUGUACUGUUCAGUGAGUAGCACACUAUCAACGCGACUACUGAGGCCAUUCAUUGGAGUGAAGUUGUAAUUGUGUAAGGUGCGGUCACAUAUAAGCGGAACUGUUUUAAAUAAACAAAACGCAGUAUGAGUCACACAAUAAAGCAACAUUUUUGGUAAAUCAAACCUACUUACAGCAAUAUUACUACUCGUCUUAUUUGAAAAUGCACCUUAAUUUGUCGCCCAGUGCGUGCAAGUUUUAUAAAUAUGACAAAAUUUAUGUAAUUUUACGCAAAUAAAGUACUAAUUAUAUUGCGAUUGUUAUCUCAUGACUAAUGAAUAUGGCUUUUCUAUGAAACUGAAACUAGAAUUGCAAACUAUUGUAUAAAUUGCAGUCAUAUGUUGUGUAAUUUUAAAAGAAUAGCGUGUUUGUUCUAGUGAACUAGGUACUGUAAUCUAAGCGUCAAACAAUAAUGGAUAAGACUGCUCAGUUUGAAUAUUUUUUGUAAGCAUAGAUUUUGUACGAGUUGUAAAAUCUUUUAUGUAAGGAACUUUUCAUACAAAUUUAUUUUUUAUAUAUUUUUCUACCAUUUUUAUACAAAUUUGUAACAAUGUCUGUAUGUACAGUCACAGCAUAUUAAAUCUUUAUUUUGAAGCUAUUAUAUACUCUAAUGGAACCUAAUGUUAUAACUAUUUUAUAUUAUUACUUUAACAUUCACUACAAAAUAAAUUCUUCUAGACUCUUCUAUGACUAUAAGAAAAAGAAAUGGCAGCUUUAUUAUGCCUUAAACAAGGCAUUUAGCCUUAAAGUGCGAAACUAUGUUUUAGAAUCUUUUUUAUCGUCCUUAUGAAUGUGUGACUGUUAAAAUAAUGAUUCAUAGCAUACGAAAAAUUUUAUAGAAUAAAAGUCCAGUUUUGAUGGUGACAGAUGAAACUAGUCCAACUACGCCAGAAAGACAUUUGUUUUAUUUUUAAUGUACCUUCGAAUAUAAUUAGGCGGGGCUAAAAUAUAAUUAGUAUAUAGCGUUGUCAUGCACUGCAAUUUGUUAAUGUUCGUUUUUAUAUUUUUGUAAUCUAAUUAAAAAUUAGACGAACUUGUGUAAGUAGAUUAUAUAUAUAUUGAUCGAUUGUAUAUUCUUAACAUCUUAGCAGUCUGCAUGGCACAAUUUAUAAACAACUUAGAUUCAAAGUAAACACCUCCGUUCUAGAAAAUUUAUCAAAAUAUUUAUUUAAGUACUUUCACUUUCAAGGAAAUUAUUUACGUUGUAUAAAAAAUACGCCAUGCAGGCGACAAUACUUGUAACUUCGAUGUGCCGAAUUGGAAUAUUUUUUAUUGACCGUCUUUACGUUUGAAUCUCAUAAUGUUGUUUUUAAUUAUUAAAAAAAAACUGCUAAUUGCAGUCUUGUAUGAGCAUUUAGCAAGUAAGUAAUCAUUUAUUGGUAUCGUGCAAUGAGAUUACGGAAUGAAAUUAUUAUAUUUUGUAUCCUGUUUUUCAAAUUCCAAAGAUUGGGCUGUGUAAAGGGGAAGACUGAUGGAGUUUCAACUGUUCCUAUUGUAUAUUUGUAUCGAAAAUUUUAUCAUAAUAAUCAUUAUUUUACACUAAUUUUGAGCCUCUUUAUAAUAAUGUUGAAAUUAUUACGAAAUAAACUAAUUUAAUAUUU